AUGCUACGAAUGCGGCUGAUUACUACUGGUGGCUUGGGUGUAGCAAUCGUUGUCUUCGCCCUGUCGUUUCCACAAGCAAUAUUUCCACUCAUCCUAACGUUUGGUCUACCAAUCGUCAUGUACGGUAUUAUUUCUCUGCUAGAGCUGGCUAUAAUGAGAACCAAGCACGAAUGGAUGGAAAAUGAUCAGCAACAAAGAAUACAGACGCAACUUGGUGUCAUUCAAAUCAGUCGUACGCUCUAUGAGCAGUUGGAUAGUGACGUACUUCAGCUGCUCAUGAGCACUCGCGACUUUGACGGCAAUGAUUAUGAACGGCUAAUGAGAUUACAGGAGCUGAAUGAACGCCAACAUGAAAGUGCUACGCUACAACAAAUUCAGCAGCUUCCUAUUGUUAUUGUAACAAAUAGUUUGCUGCAGGCUUUUGAGAACGCACGCUGCACCGUGUGUCUAAGCGCAUUUCAGGUGGGCGACCGCUCGGCGCCCGCCAAUUGGCGAAGCGUUUCCCAAGCCAAUCGUGCUGUCUCAAAGUUCAAGACACGCUCUUCCUCAUCUGCAGUACGCUCCAAGUCACAACGUAAGAAUAAACCCUUACUUUCCACUUUUGAACAAGGCGUAGCUAAAGCUCGUCUGUACGUUGACAAUGCGACCCCCGAGCACCUUGAGACGCAACUGCAGAAGCUAUUAAAGGAUAAACAGUACUUGGAUGCCGCUUUUCUUAUUGCUGCUAGUCCAUACUUGAAUGCACGCUUCCAGACGUCGGACGUAGCACGUCUUAUGCUUGAGCAAGCCAAGAGUCUGAUCGCUUUGGAGCAAGUGGCACAACUAGUGCGCGACUUGCAGCUUCAACGAAAUGAUGCUCUUGUCACACUACUUAUCAACGAAAUGGUGCGUGCAUUACAUUUUGGUGCAGCUGUCAGGUUGGCACAGGAGAUGGUACCAGCGUUUGGGCAGCAUGCAGCUCCUGCUACCACUACAAAGCGGCCGUGCUGGACGCCGAAGGCUUUAAUCCAAGCGAUGCUUCGUGCAAAAAAGUUUCGAGCAGCGCUCAAGUAUUCCAAGCAAUUUGGUCUACUUGAAGCGUUCCCGGCCCCACACUUAGUGGCUGGGAUGCUAGAGACCAGAUGCUGGGAGGAGGCCAUCUCGAGCGUCAUGGAGAUGCAGUUGUUCAAAGAGUAUCCGUUGGAGGUGCUUGCAGUGGAGAUGAUAAAGCAACGGCAAUGGUCUCAGGCUGCCAAGUGCAUGAACAAGAUGUCGGACGAAGACGAGACGAAAGCGAAGUUUUACGAGGCAUUAGUGCUUGAGACUGCGCACGUGGGAGACUUUGUGACUUCGUUGCGAUAUCUACGUGAGUUUAAGCUGGAUCAGGGCAGUGAAGACAGAACGGUGAGUUUGCUGCGGUAUUUGGUGGAUUUAAUGCUAGCACACGGUGAAUUUUACAAGGCUAUCAAGUAUGCAAUCAAGUUCAAACUAGCAAAAAACCCACUGAACGAUGCCAUUGCAGCUGCUGAAGCUGCGCUUGCUGCUGCGAAUGGCGAAGAGGCGCGACCCCUGAAAAAAGACGAUCACAUUGAGUAUUUGUCGCAAUACAAUGUCGAGAUUCUUAUUCGCAAAGCUAUCGACGGUGGACAGUUGCACGUAGCCACAACAUACAUUAAGAGACUGCGUCUUCGCGAGAAGUUUGCUGAAGAGCUUGUGGCGAUUGAGAAAGCGCAGCAGAAUUGGCUAUUGGAGUUCCGUCAAUACGCACAAUUGCGGCUCGCACAGUUUCAAGAUAGUGUGCUCCAGCAGAACCUUCGUGAUUUGCUGGGCGAUCAAGCAGACGAUGAAAUGGUUGAUCUUGAACCAGUAGAAAAGGAUAUUGUUUUGUCAGAGGAAGAGGAAAUUGUUUCGCAGGACGAGAAGGCUCAGCAAGUCGAGGACAAGGAGGACAAGAGCAAACUCACUGAGAAGCCGUGUGAGGCAUUAUCAUUUUCUGAGAGCAAUGGAAUUGGCGAGACAAAGCAGCGGGAGUCGAACACAUUUGCUGCGACCUCAGUUGAAUCACGCUUUGGAUUUGCCCGGGCAACCUUAACUCCACCGCCGUCGCUACCGAGUGGUCUUGUAUCUGUGGUGGGAGUUUCUUGUCUUGCUGGCGAUAGCCAGCCUUGCACAAAAUCGUUAUCACCUACUAAACCAGCACCGCCUCCGGGUUUGUUCAACUCAUCAGAAGCCGAACCUGUUCAAGCCGACAAGCCAGAUAGCGCUGAUAGCUUCAACUUUGCUAACUUUGCCAAGUCUUUUCAAGUAAACGGGCCAGCACCACCCAGUCCCGCCUCAUCAUCAUUACCUCCGCAGCAACUGUCCCUGCCCCAACCGCCGCAGCAAUCUUUCUUGAGUCAGCAACAGCAAGUCAAAGCGAUAUUUGGCCGACCCAUGUCAAACGGUCAGUAUGCAAGUGGGUCACCGGGCCAUUCCAUGCCGUCGAUGAUGCCACCGCAGAAAGAGAUGUAUCACCCGCAAGGAAACAUGCCACUUGACGCUAUGCAGCCACGUGGUUACCUGCAGCCCCUGCCUCCUCCUCCUCUGCCUCGCCCGUCAAACAAUAGAGGAGGCGCUGUGGAUGUUGCUGCCCUUGCGAUGCAGUUCCACAAAGGUAGCGGUAGCAAUGGUUUGUCUGGUUUUAGCGGAUAUGCCGGUCCGCAGCCACCCCUGGGAGAUUUAUGUGCCGCGCCGAGUGGCCAACAGCAGCAGUUCUCUCCAGGAAUGCCUCCUCUGCCUUUUGGCGCACCUCCACCGCAAUCUGCUUUCAAGCCCAGCAUGUCAUACACCUCGGUGACUACGACUCGCCAGAAGAAGUAG